AUGGCUUUCAUAUCAGAGAACGUUCACCCUCAGGUUUCAUCAUCAAACACCUCUAUCUUCUUCUGCAAUAACACCUCUCAGAUCUUCCUAACACAACAGAACAUCGAAAAGAGGGUGUAUGAAAACAGUAUCUAUGAGGUGUACGACAACAACUAA